CCAAGAAUAUAGAUCAAGUGUGGCCGGAUGCAGGGAGUGAUGAAUCAUGACUUGCCUUUUGGUCUAAGAAGUCAAGUUUCGUGCUUUAACGUUCACAGCAUCCAUUUGUAUUUUUAAAUGAUUGAAUCGUCCCUGUAAGCCCAUCUCCAUUCUUGCUUUCCUGUUCAUCCACUGCAAGCAAGCCUCCAUCUUCUCUUUCAACUGCUGAUCUCCGAGGCAAAAACAUUGUUCCUGCAACUAUGGCGACGGCUACGGCAGCUCUGUUUCUUUUGACUUUUGGCAUUGUCUUUAUCUCUGUUAUUGCUGAUCCUGACUUGCUUCAAGAUGUCUGUGUUGCGGAUCUUGCCUCUGGUGUUAAAGUUAAUGGGUUCGCCUGCAAAGAGAAUAUCACGGCGGAUGACUUCUUCUUUGAUGGGCUGGCCAAGCCAGGACUCACCAACAACACCCUUGGUUCUCUGGUCACCGGAGCCAAUGUUCAGAAAAUCCCAGGUCUUAACACUCUUGGAGUCUCCUUGUCUCGCAUUGACUACGCUCCUGGCGGCUUAAAUCCUCCCCACACCCAUCCACGCGCCACCGAGAUUGUCUUUGUCCUUGAAGGCCAGCUGGACGUGGGCUUUAUCACUACCGCUAAUGUCUUGUUCUCAAAGACCAUUAACAAGGGUGAGAUAUUCGUUUUCCCAAGAGGAUUGGUGCAUUUCCAGAAGAACAAUGGGAAGGUUCCAGCCGCCGUCAUCGCCGCCUUCAACAGCCAGCUUCCGGGAACUCAAUCCAUCGCCGCCACAUUGUUCGCCGCCACACCAACGGUUCCUGACCACGUGUUGACCAAGGCUUUUCAGGUGGGGACCAAGGAGGUUGAGAAAAUCAAGUCUAGGUUGGCACCCAAGAAGUAAUCAGAGCCUUUGGGCCUUGUUUUCAAUUCAAAUUUGUUGUGUUACCACUUAAACAAUUUAUGAGAUUUGUCCUCCAUAAUAUUA